UCUCGCUCGACCGUACGUUUCUUGGCUGUGACAGUGAUGUUCUGUGCUGGGCUGGUUCAUAUCCUCGCUCUUGAUGAUGAACUGGCGCGAAAACCGCGAGGAGAAGAUCGCGUAUCUACUGAAGGCACUGAAGUUGGUGGACAACAAUCGGUGCCGUACCGUGAUCGAAGAACGGUGAAAAAUAACCGAACUCCCAAUCUGGCGGACUUUGCAAACCGGCUGAAAGAUCUCGAAGAAAGGUAGCUAAAGGUAUUAUGUUAGCUCGGCGAUUUGCUAUCUCAUUUUGAGAACUCAGUUAAUUCGAGGCCAGGGGAACAUUCUAUUAGACACUGUUUAUCGGUUACGAUGCUCGAUCACACUGUUUGUAAAAUGAUGGAUUUACUAACCUCAUUUACUCUUCCUUGCCAAGCCACAACAACAGCAUACGUUUGUCUCGAAUGAUGAUCAGACGAUUUCAUGAACUGGAGAAAAGGUUUGAGAAAUUAAAUUAAAAAUUCACCUUUGUUAACAUAAUUGCUUUUUUAAACUAAGUAUACUUCGAUUCUGAAAUUGUCAUUGCAUACUGGGGGAAAUCUGUUCAAUCUCUUGUCUAACGAAGCAUGUGCUUUUGGCAACAUGGCAAAUCCCCUCUUUCCUAAAAUGUGUAACGACGACUCCUGAGAUCAGGAAGGGGGAUAUUAUAAGCCUUUACAGUCAAACCAGGUCAAGCGUUCCCGUCGCUAACAAACUAAUUAAUUCAUUAAUGGAAAAAUAAUUUCGUUUGUUGAUUCAAUAAUCCAUUCAUAAAAUGAAUAAUCCAACAGUCAAAUUGGACCUCGAUUCAAUAAUCAAAUGUUGAUUUGGUUUAUGAGCAAAAUCUACCUGUUCUUUAUUCUUGUCUGUUGUGUUCAAUCGUAUUUGCUUCCUUUUUCCUGCCGUUUACGAUUGCGUUUUUCAUUGCCUUUAAUCAAAAUAACAGCUAGAAUAGACAGACCGCAAACGCAAAGAAACUAUGAGAAACUGACAAAGGCCGAGGAUUGAAAUCCACCAAUCACCGCACAUACACUGACCUUAGUUUGACCGUUGUGUUUUCUAAGAGGUCAGGCCUGGGUCUGUUGCACUGAUUACUGGCAGCAAACUGGCGUACAUGUAACAGUUUGUUUGGGUUUGAACUUCAGAACUCGCCGGCACUGGACUCUCAGAAAAAAAAGAGGAAAAAACAAAAUUCUGAGGUCAACUUGUGGAAAGUGUAGUUUUUCAAAAAACAGUAAUCGAAUCAACAUUCGAUUAUGGAAUCGAGGCUAAAUAUGAAUAUUGGAUUGUUCAUUUUAUGAAUGGAUUAUUGAAUCAACAAACGAAAUCAUUUUUCCGUGAAUGAAUUCAUUAGUUCGUUAGCGACGGGAACGCUUGACCUGGUUUGACUGUAAAACAGUUUCAAAACUGUGCAUAGGCUUGGGUCUCCUAUUAUAAAAGUACCUGGAUACCCCCUCUAAACAGGAAAACGCUUUUUGUUGGCCGGCACUGAUGAAUGUUGAAGACUUGCAGCCCGCUUGUGUGGGAAGAUCCGUUUUCAGAUCCAGAAUAGAAUAUCCUUCAGUGUAAAGACCAGAGUAAUUGUUGAUUAUCUAUAAACUGACUUGAUGACAGUUUUUUUCCUUUCAUCCACGCACGAAUUUCCUAGAGCAGAAGAAGCGUAGCAAACACGGCGAAAAUACAACAAUGCUUGACUCUUGUAAAGUUAAAUUCAAGCCGCAUUAAGGCGGAACUGGUAGUUGAACUAGGGCUAAAGACACGAAGGUCCCCGUUACACUAUCCCUGACAAUUUCUAUGUUUGACUCUUUUUUGCAGAUUUGAUGGCUUACUGCGAUUAUCUCCCCGACCAGCGGGGGAAUCUUACGGGUCACUUUUGACCUACAUUCUUGGUAAAAUAUGUUGUUCAAUCCUAUUGCAAACUAGUACGAAACUACCUAUAAGCAAGUAGCGAGUUUUAUUAAUAUCCGGUAGACAACAUGAACAGCCGGAAAUAUUCAAUUCAGGUGUUUUACCCUAAAACUUCAGUCCUUUUAAAAACUUAAAAUAAGCGAUUUUAUGUUGUCGGUUUAGUGUUGUAGAAUUCGUAAGCAACAAUGUGGCCAAAGAACCGGUAUGUAAUUCAUUUGGCUGGUAAAUUUGGGUAAUUUGCUUUAUUUGUGAAUGGCAUCAUCCAACCUCUUUCCCAGGGCUUUUUCCUAAAAAAAAAAAAAAAAAAUUGGUGGGGUUUAGGGGAGGGGGCACUUUCUAAGCGAAAAAGCAUCGGGAACGGGGUUUUGACGUCAGCGUGUUUCUUUUUCAGGACAACAUAUGCAGAACACCGGAAAGGGACGAGUUGGACCACCUGGCCCCCCUGGGAAACAGGGACCGGUUGGUGCUCCUGGGAAACAGGGACCUGCUGGUGCUCCUGGGAAACAGGGACCAGUUGGUACUCCUGGGAAACAGGGGCAUGCUGGUGCUCCUGGGAAACCAGGACCAAUUGGAGCAAAAGGAUCAAAAGGUAUCAAGGACAAACGACAUAGAGAUCAAGGGAAAAACUGAAGCUUUUAUAACACCAACUGUGAAUGUAGGAAAAAGAGCAAAAGAAACUCCCCUUUCAACAUACCAACAUUUACAAGUUAGCCACCCGGCUAGCUGUAAACAAUAAGUUCCAUUCAUCGAAUUUCAGCUAACAUCUUAUUUCCUUUCUAUGGUGUUUUUGGGUCUUUUGCAAGCCGGCCAUUUUUCAAUCGUUAUAUUCGUGAUUUGUAAUCGUCAGAAUCCCAUAGGAAAAAAUAGUCUCGCGACAGCUCCAAUUUUGAGCCAAAUGAUGUGAUACGUCGAGAUUGAGUGCUUGGGGUCGUUUUUAUACUUUGUAGGAGAACAGGGAAAACAAGGAACAAACAAGUCAUUCCCAGGCCCUCCCGGUCCUAAAGGAGACCAGGGAGCAGUUGGAAGGACUGGAGCCCAGGGACCACAAGGUGCCAAAGGAGAAAAAGAACAGGAUGGAGUUGGGACAUCAGGAGUGAAGUACGUUCGCUGGGGAAGGACCACAUGUCCUAGUGGUUCGCAAGUAGUUUAUAAAGGUAUGCAAAAAGGAGCUUACAUGAUAGUUACUAUUAUGCCAUAAUAUACAGAAAGAGUGAUAAGCUGAGGAUUUUUAUGACACUUAUUCUGAAUCAUAUUAAAAAGUGGCAACUAUGAAAUUUCUCUAAGCUAGUUACUUUUACUGUUCAAUGACCCGGGCAUCUCUUCAAGUUAUCUUUUUGUUGCAUCUUUCCAGCAGUGUAACUGAUUCAUGCAUAAGAGUGAAAUCUGGGUAUGAGAGAGAAAGAAAGAGAGAAAACGCCCCUUGUUUUUUUUUUUUACAGUCUAUGUCGUCGAUCGGAUCCAUGAACAUUGAAUAAUCAAGCAAAUGUUUGCGAAAAUUCUUCAUUUCAAAUAACCAGGACAGAGAAAAGACACCUUGCCUCCCUCAACCGGUAGCCGCCAUUUAAUGUACUUGCGAAGAGCGGAAAAGGAAAGUUUGGCCAGUUGACAGAAUUUCCAAGAAUAAUUAUUGUUCAUAAAUUUUUUUCCUUGCAUUAGGUAUAAUGGGUGGAGAAUACUACAAUCAUCAUGGUGGUGGAGCGAACUACCUCUGCCUUCCACACAAUCCAAAGUAUGGCAAGUACACAAAUGGCCAUCAGGCCGCUGGAUACGUGUACGGUACUGAAUAUGAAGUGAGUCAGUACAGCGGUAACCCUUUUAAGAGACAUCUCCAUAAUCAUGAAGCACCAUGUGUUAUCUGCUUCGUCAAGUCACGUGGCUCGAUGCUGAUGAUGCCUUCCAGGAAUGACUGUCCAUCUGGUUGGACCGAGGAGUAUCAUGGGUACCUGAUGACAGAAUAUUAUGGUCACAAGCAUUCACGUGAUUUCAUCUGCGUUGACGAGGAUCCAGAGUUUGUUCCUGGUAGCAAUGCAGACAAGAAUGGUGCAUUACUAUACCCUGUGGAAGGUGUUUGUGGCUCACUCCCAUGUCUUCCUUAUGUCAGCGGUCGAGAGUUGACAUGCGCUGUGUGCACCAAGUGA